AUGUCUGAUGAGGAGCAAAACGAGGGCGGCGAUGUUGCUGAGGCAACGGCCCAAGGCGGAGAGGACAACUCUUUAUUGGAAACCUUAAUGGCUGAAAUCGAAAAGUUAAAAAAUGAGAAUAAACACACAAAACAAGCACUUUCAGCAGUAACUGUUAGCCAGGGCGAGGCUAGUACUUCAAGUAAGAAUGCACCAUCUAGUCCAGCACAGACACCCCAAGUUGCGUAUGUUUCCCGAGAGCGUAAAAUACAGAAGUUUUCUGGUAGUCGAAAGGCAGAUGAAGAUACAGUGGAGAAUUUUGUUGACAAUGUGAAAAGUUUGAUAUCAGCUAGGAAAAUGACCCAAAUUGAACAAACAGACUUUGUGUUAUCACUGUUGGAAUCAUCAGCGAAGGAAGAAGUCAAAUUGCGCCCUACAGCCGAACGUGACACUUCUGAUAAAAUCUGCAAUAUCUUAUUGGAGGCUUUUGGCGAGCGGAGAACCACACCACAGUUACUAAAGUCAUUCUACGAGCGAAAGCAAAAGGAUACAGAAACCCUGAGGGAGUUCUCGCAUGCGCUGUGUGAGAUUUACAACCGAAUUUAUUCGCGAGACACCACCAUCAUACCUUCUCGUGAUCAGGCCCUCCGCGACCAAUUUGCUGACAACGUGAGAGACCCACUUCUACGGAAGGAAUUAAAGCGCAUGGUACGAAGCAACUCCAGCUCUAAGUUUCUAGAAGUACGAGAAGAAGCUCUACACUGGGCAGAGGAGGAUGAAAAGAUGCGUCCUACAAAAAGAAAUGUAUCAAGUGAAGCAGUUUCAACCACACAGUCAAACAAAGAGAUGGAUAAAGUAUUGCAAGCCCUCGAAGAGCAGCGUAAGUCGAUUGAUAAUUUGUCCCAAACCCUUAUUUCCCUUUCCAGAUCCAACAAUAAUAUUCAGCGGAAUCAGGGAGGAAGAGGCGGCCGAAACCCCUCUCUCCGCGGUUUUGACGAAAGAGGGAACAGAAUUUGUUUUAAAUGCCAAGGAGUCGGACACAUUGCAAGAGAUUGUGUGAAUAAUACAAGUCAACGCCAGAAUGACGGCCUUCCCCCAUCCAAUGGCCCACCACGCAAUACUGCCCCACCCUCAUCGUAUGUCCAUAGCCAAGAUACAUCAGCGCCAAACGGUCUCCCUCCACAGUCGCGAGUCGGACAGUAGGAGGGGAAGGCGCAGACUCUCAUAGCAUACCAGAAAGAAUAAUUGGCAAGUGUCCUGUUGCUGUUGUGAACAUUGGAGGCGUGUCUGUAUCAUGUUUACUUGAUUCAGGCUCUGAGGUCUCUACUAUUACAGAAGAAUUCUUUAAUACUCAUUUUAAACCAAAGGGACAGGAACUACUUUCAACCAGUGUUUGGUUAAAACUGACAGCAGCAAAUGGGUUAGAAAUACCCUACCUUGGGUAUUUCGAACUUGACAUUGAAGCUUUUGGCUUAAACGUGCCCAGACGAGGAAUACUGGUCGUAAAGGAUUCUGCCAAUGAUGCUAUGACAGCACGGAAGAGAGACGUACCAGGUCUCCUUGGAAUGAAUGUACUAUGUGAAAUGGGAUCCUGUAUGGUCACAGUCAAUCCAGGCUGCUAA